UUAGGAGAAGGUGAUCAAUCUCCAUCCGUCUACAUUAGCAAUCACCUUAAACUAGUGACAGACACGAACGCGAAAGCCAAAGCAGAUGAGUUUAUUGUAUUUGGUUUUAAACCCCGGGAACACGCUCUGAAUUGACUACAAGAAGUCCAGCUAAAGGCCAGACACGUGCGCCAUAUCAACAUUGCUGCUUAUCUGCAGCUUUGAGGAGAGUUUUAGACGACACUUAUUUGCUGAGGUUUCGCGGUCGGUUUGCCCUUCCUGUAAUCUUGCAUUUGUGGAUAUUUUCUAUCGUCUGUUCAGACUGCAAAAAUAUCUGAAGAGGAGAAGGACGGAGGGUUCUGAAAAAAAAAGUAACUUAAAUUGGGUCCGUCCUUCGUCAAACUGCAACAUCGGGGGAAAUCGAACUAUUGGCAAGAUCUGGGGGGACCCGUGACUGCCUCUAGCAUGAUGUCAUACCUCAAACAGCCCCCCUACGCCAUGAACGGCCUGGGGCUGAGCGGCGCAGCCAUGGACCUACUGCACCCGUCCGUCGGAUACCCAGCAACUCCCAGAAAGCAGAGGCGGGAAAGAACGACGUUUACGCGCUCACAGCUUGACAUUCUCGAAGCGCUCUUUGCCAAAACUCGUUACCCGGACAUAUUUAUGAGAGAGGAGGUGGCACUGAAGAUCAACCUUCCCGAGUCCAGAGUUCAGGUGUGGUUUAAGAACCGUCGUGCUAAAUGUCGUCAGCAACAACAGAGUGGCAGCAGCACAAAAGCUCGGCCCGCUAAGAAAAAAUCCUCACCCACCCGGGAGAGCACGGGCUCAGAGAGCAGUGGCCAGUUUACCCCUCCUGCCGUCUCCAGCGCUGGCUCUUCCUCCUCCUCCUCCUCAACUAAUAACACAGGCAUCAAUAGCACCUCUACCUCUAUCAGUACUGUCUCCUCAAUCUGGAGCCCUGCCAUUUCUCCAGGCUCUGCACCCCCUUCUGUCUCCCUGCCGGAGCCCGUUGCUCCCUCAAACGCCUCCUGCAUGCAGCGCUCCGUCUCGGGCACGGCCAGUUCCUCCUACCCCAUGCCAUACAACCAGACCACCGGCUACAGCCAGGGCUACCCGACUCCUUCCAGUUCUUACUUCAGCGGAGUGGACUGUGGCUCCUAUCUGGCCCCCAUGCACUCUCACCACCACCCUCAUCAGCUCAGCCCCAUGACGGCGUCGUCCAUGCCCACGCACCCCCACCACCACAUCAGUCAGUCCUCAGGACAUCACCACCACCAUCAUCACCAGCCCUACAGUGGCACUGGCCUGGCCUUCAAUUCUUCUGACUGCCUGGAUUACAAGGAGCAAACAGCCUCCUCCUGGAAGCUCAAUUUCAACACUACAGACUGUUUGGACUACAAAGACCAAGCGUCCUGGAGGUUCCAAGUCUUGUGAUCUGAUUUAUUAUUUUUUUUUUUUAUGCCCUCCAUUUUCACCAUCUCUCUGUUUUAAUAGUGUGCUGAGUUUAAUGAAGAAAAUAUAUAUGGACUUGCAAAUUUUAACAAAAUAGUUAGAUGUUCUUCACAUUUUUAAGUUACCCCCCCCCCCUUUUUUUUUAGAGAGAAAAGAGAGCGGGAAAGCGGAAAAGUUGUGGAAGGAAAUUAAAGCUAGUUUUCCCCCUUCUUUUUGGUUCAUGAAGAGACUUAAUUCGAUUUGCUCGACGGCCCUGAGUUCUGGUUCUGAAGUGUUCUGCCGGACUCGCGUCACUCUCCUGCCUGAUCUGGAUUACCGUUUUUACACGGGACACUGAACGCUCAGCGACCGCUUUACCUCCACCUCUCAAACCCUGUACAGCUGUUUCGUUUUCUAAAUAUGGUUAUUUUUUAGGAUGACAGAUUCUAGUCAGCUUAACGGAGCUGAAUUCUGUACAUAUGUAUUUGGGUCAGUUACAUUGACCAUAUUUAGUUGGUGUUACUGGAUUUCAAAUGGUUUAAUAAGACUUUGAAACGACUUUAUGUACUAAAUCUUUUCCCAAAUAAUCCAAAGAUCAAGAAUUGGCCGCUGGACUUAUUUGAUAUACUGAAAACCAAUUUUUGUUACCCUGAAAAAAAAAUAAUAAAUAGGAUUUUAUAUUGAGAA